GUCCCCUGCUUGCCCUUUCUUUCAUCCCCCCCUCUCUCUCUCUCUCUCUCUCUCUCCCCUUUAUAUCCCUCAACAACACUCCCUCUCUCCUUCUAUUCUAUCCUCCAAUUUCAGAUUCACUCAUCAAUCUACAAAAAAAAGAAGAAGAAGAAGAAGAAGAAGCAAGGUAAUAUGGGGUUACAGGGUCAUGUAAGCGAUUGUUCAUCAGAAUCGAUGUUCAUCUUCAUCCUGGCAAUGGUAGCGAAUUUCGUAAGCUAUCUCCGGUCCGUCUCUUUUCUGAUCCUCCGGUCCAUGGGGCGGUUCGUAAUGUCAACCGGAUUCGCGAAUCUCAUCGUCCUCGCCGACCAGCUCAAUCUGAACCGGCUUCGCUCUUACCCCUAUGAGGAAACCGCCGGUUCGGCUUCCGAUUGCGUGGUGUGCAUGUCAAAGUUGAGGGAUGGGGAGAAGGUGCGUAGGUUAGCGUGCAGACACGCGUUCCACAAGGAGUGCCUUGAUGGCUGGCUCGAUCACCUCAACUUCAGCUGCCCUCUCUGUCGCUCGCCGCUUGUUUCGGAGCAGCGCGUCGUCCUCACUCAGCGGCGCGUCAGACACGACCUCCUCACUUUUUUCUCUCUCCGAUGAAGAAGAAAUCAAUGAAUGAAUGGCCAUAUGGUACAUGAUGAUCAUGAUGGUGGUGGUGGGUUAGUUAUGUUAUGUUAUGUUAUUUUAUUUUGAAUUAUAAAGUUUUGUGUUAAAGGGUUGAAUGGCUGUUUUGACCUGUUGACUUGUCAUAGUUUUUACUUUUAAAUUUUAAUUUUCUCUGUUUUCUGUUUUUGAAGAGCUCUAUGUGUAGAGUUCUGUUUAUAGCUUCCGUAAUUUAGUUUUUACUGUUUUAUACUUUUAAAAAGUAAAUAAUAAUGUUGAGUUCAAAGUAUUUACUUCUAUUUACUAGUGUUAUCGGAGUGUUAUAGAUUACCUCGU